AGUAAGACAAACGCCAUGACUGAUGAACCAUGUGAUAGUGUCAUAAUCGAUCGCAAUAGCAUGUGUAUUAGACAAAAAUAAGUGAAGAUGACAAUAAUUGAAUACAUACAGACAUUAUCGGAUAAUCCUUAUUUUGGAGCCGGUUUUGGUUUAGCUAGCUUAGGAGUUGGAGCAGCUUUUCUACGAAAAGGAUCCCAAGUUGCGACUAUUCUUUUCAAACGUCAUUACAUGAUCACAUUAGAAGUUCCAUGUCGUGAUAAAAGUUAUCAAUGGUUACUUCAAUGGAUCACCCACAAAGGUGCUCGUAAAACUCAACACUUGUCAGUAGAAACGAGCUUUGAAUUAAAAGAUACUGGACAUGUCAAUACCAAAUACGAAUUUAUUCCAAGUAUUGGUACUCAUUUUUUCAAGUACAAAGGAAAUUGGAUAAAAGUUCAAAGAACACGAGAGCAACAGACCUUAGAUCUUCAUAUGGGAAUUCCAUGGGAAACUGUUCAAUUAACAGCGUUUGGUAAUGAUAGAACGAUUUACUUCGAAAUUCUGGAAGAAGCUCGUCAAAUGGCGCUAAAAGAGCAUGAAGGCAAGACAAUAAUGUACACUGCACUAGGAAGCGAGUGGAGGCAAUUUGGUCAUCCAAGGAAAAAACGUCCAGUAGAUUCCGUAGUACUAGGCGAUGGAAUAGCUACAAGAAUCCUCAAUGACUGCAAGGAAUUUAUAAAUAAUCCUGGAUGGUACAGCGAUCGAGGAAUUCCAUAUCGACGUGGUUAUUUGCUUUACGGGCCACCUGGAUGCGGUAAAUCAUCAUUCAUUACUGCGCUUGCUGGUGAACUAGAAAGAGGUAUCUGCGUAUUAAAUUUGUCUGAAAGAGGACUUACGGAUGAUCGUUUAAAUCAUCUUCUUGCUGUUGCGCCACAGCAGACAAUUAUUCUUCUAGAAGAUAUUGAUGCUGCUUUCCGAGAUCGUUCUGAAGAGAACCACCGAGUUAAAACUGCGUAUGAAGGAUUAAAUAAUCUGACAAUGAGCGGAUUACUUAAUUGUCUUGAUGGUGUAGCUUCUACAGAAGCUCGUAUUUUAUUCAUGACUACUAAUUACAAAGAAAAAUUAGACGCUGCGCUUGUGAGACCUGGGCGUGUUGACGUAAAAGAAUACAUUGGUUACUGCAAUAAAAAUCAAGUUGAACAAAUGUUUUUACGGUUUUAUCGCGGCCCUAAUAAAUUAGAAGCUCUUGAGUUAGCUCGAGAGUUUGCUGAGGGUGUAAUAAGCCAAGGAAAAGACGUCAGUCCAGCACAAAUACAAGGAUUCUUUAUGUUUUAUAAAAAUGACCCGCAACAAGUAUUAACUAACAUCUCACAAAUAUGGGAAUUAACGAAGUAAUAAUUAUUGUUGUUUUUGCAAUUCAUUUAUUAUUUGUAUUGAGUUCUACUUAAUACAAAAAAAUACAAGUUUACUGCGGCAUUUUUUAAAACUGUUUAUUUUUUUUUUUUUUUUUUUUUUUAAAUUUUUUUUUAUUGAUAUAAAAAAUUAUCACGUAGUAUUUAUCACUGUUUAAUACUCACACAUCUACUACAUAAAUUAUACAUCAAUGUAGUGGUUAAUAUACAGAAUUAUUUGGAAAAUUUUAUCAACUUUUGAAACUGUUAAAACUUUGUUACA